UUUAGUGCUCAACACUGCCUUCGCGUGCAACCACUGCAACCAACUUAAGAACGAGCUUAAUUAAGAAACUCGUGCACUACUUUAACCACACGCAUGAUGUUUAGUAUAAUUUAAAACUGUACAUAUUAUUAAUAUUUGUAAAUUAAGUUCCAUAGGUAUCUUACGAUGUCACUUCUUCGCAAAGGACAGCAAUGGGGGACAUUCGCAAGGAUUUGGCAUAUUUUCGAUGCAACUUGGCAAGAUCCAUAUCGUAGUGCCCCAUUGAUAAAAAAGUAUCUUAUGGGAUUAUACAAACCCAUUUAUCAUCCUAUGAAUGAUUGUGGAGAUCAUGUAAUAGUAAUAAAUAGCAAGCAGAUUGCCUUACGUGGUGACGAGUGGCAGAAGCGUGUAUACUUCCAUCAUACUACAUAUUGCGGCGGGGCUACUUGGACGCUUGCAUGGGAAUUACAUAGCAAAGAUCCCACUAUGAUUGUUAAGAAAGCAGUUUAUUCUUCAAUGGAUGGAAAUUUGCAAAGAAGAUACACUAUGCAAAGGCUGCACAUCUUUCCUGAUGACAAUGUUCCCAAAGAAAUGUUAGAAAAUGUUAGCAAUCAAAUUAGACAGCUGAGACGCGUACCAGUCAGACUGUACGAUAUUCCGCAGGAACAGCAAGCACAAAUACCUCGACUUAUAAAAUAUCCCGCGGAUUAUGAGUUAAAAUAAAGUUAUACUUUUCAGUUUGCAAUAUGUUGUA